AUGGACCCCCUCGAUCAACUCACCGAUUUCGGAUUCCUCCUGGAACAGGUAAGACAUGUCAAGAAUGACAGGAAUGUCUCGAUUAGGGACCAAGCUGAGUAUUUUCACAAAACUUUAGUCGACCAGAUUGAAUCCUUGUCCGAAAUCGAAAAGAAACAUUUGUACAGAUACCUCAAGCUCAGCCGCGAUAAUGAAGAACUCCAGGCUUCCUACGAUGAGCUGAACGAGUCCCUCAGCCAGGAACUGCGCAAAGUCGAGCGCAAGAAUGCAGAGCUGCAGGACGCCAAAGCUGCUCUGAGAGAGGCACAGAAAGACUGCGCGGCCAAGGAGGAGUACAUCCGCGACGCCGAGGCAGCGAAUGCUGCGCUCAAGGAGAAGAACGAAGAGCAGAGAAGUCUGAUCAAAUCGUACAAACAGGAUUGGAAAGCUAUGAAAGAUGAGAUGGAGCUCCGUGACAGGACAAUCGACGAUCUGCAGACGAGCUUGCGGAGCAAGGGCGCCCUUGUCGAUAAAUAUGAGCGCGAAAUCGAGCAAUAUCGGAAGCAGCGCAAAGAAUGGGAACGGCAAGUGGAUGAAGCCACUCAAUACCUGGAUGACAAGAGCGAGGUCUUGAAAUGGCUCAAUGAAGUGAGCAGGCCUUUGAAAGGCAAUCCAAAAGCAUCAGAUUCUGGAGCGUCAAGUUCAGGAUCAUCUAGUUCUGAAGCGUCAAGCUCUGUCAUACGUAAGGUGUCAGACUCUGUAGUGGGAUCAACAACAGAUGACGGAGAAGAUGACGAGACACAUUGCACUACAGAUUCCGGGAAGGAGGGUAAAGCAACUUCUGCGACAGGUUCGUCUCGAGACCGGCGACUGGACAUGCAAGGAAGUGCAAUGGACUGUUCAAGUGAGGCGAUCAGCGUGGACGAAUCAAAGUCAAUACAUGGUACUACCCUUGACGAGGAAAUGAUGUACUUGUCUGACAGUCUAUCAGCUCUGUCCAUCGAACGGGAGGCAUCUCCAACGGAAUGCAAUAUGACCGAUUGUCACGAGAUACCAUCUCCAGCAAGCUCGUAUGACUUGGAUCUUCCGCCGCAACGACGAAAGCGACGAAAGCAACGCACAAAAGAAGUUGAGGACACUGAGUUGGCACGCAAGAGAACCAAGGUCCGCAAACAUUGUGAGAGUCCCGUUCAAACUGAUAGUGGAGAAAGUGCCUCAUUUGAUGAUCAAGAUGGCAAACAGGGAUCGGCCGAAUACUGUGCAAGUCCCAUUCAAACGGACAGCGAGGCAAAUUCUUCAUUCAAUUUUGGAGCAAGCGACCAGGGAUCUCAGAUUCCAUGUCCGAUAGACUGCAUGGAUACCGCAGAAACACUUUCUACAAUUUCACGGGGAGUUCAAACUGUUGCCUACCAAAUGGACGGGCCGGUAACAAUCCCGUCAAUAGAGUCUCCGGAAGCAUCAAGACGAUCACAGUCCCUACUUUUGAACGGAAGAAGAGGGCGCUAUAGGGAUCCUGUAUACCUUCCAAAAUCAUAUGCCAAAUCCCAACGGCUGACACACCAAGCUGGAGAGCUUGGUGUGAGUAGGCCAAGAUAUGUCAGCGUGACUCGGCCUGUGCUCAAGAGCAGAGUUGCAUCUUGGCCUCUUAAUCAAGCCGAGCAACAGAGCUCUGAACAAGACGAGCUUCAGCAGGAGAACAUAGAAACCCUGUCAGUGUCACUGUCUUCGAACCAUGGGAGCGAGUCUCUGGAAGCUGAAGCUGACGCUGAUCCCGUACUGAAAACAGUUUCACAUAAACCUCACAUCGCCAUGGGAGGAAAGUGGUGGCUGCCCUUUGUGACUGUGCUGGUCCUGUUGCUGUCCAUACUCCUCGUACGCUCUCCCGACGGAGAGCGUCGAUCGUGGAAUAGAGUCAAUAUGAUGCCCCACGAUCCCCUGACAAAAUUGCGCAAAUGUCCAGACUCGCGAUGUAAAGUGGCGCGGGCGGCUGAGUGGGAGAUUGUUCGAAGGACGGAUUCUGAUUUCUUAUCUUUUGGAUGA